AUGGAAAUGGUGGAGAGCCUCUGGCCAGCUGCGCGGGAGGAGGUCCCGGAGUCCGUGCAAGCCUUAAUGGCGAUGUGGGGAGGCUUUGAGGCGCCGCGCAGCGCCAACGAUUGCGGCAUUGAAAAACGACUAGAGUUAGACUUCCGCGGCGUCAUUGUGCCGAGCGGCGUGGCGGUGGCUGACCUCGAGUCUGUCAUGUCACAUGCAGGGGAGUUGCUGGAGCGCCAGUCCGUCGACAAAGGCCUCAUUUCCCUUUUCUUUAGCAACAGUACGCUGCAGUUAACAGAGAACCAGGUUCUCGUGACAUCGUCGUCCUCCGUGCUGCUGCACGUGAUUUUGGGACCGCUGCUGGAUCUGCUUCGCAACCACGCCAUUGUUGUUGAGUGGGCCUCCUUUAUGCGCAUGAACACCACCUCCCCAUGGAGUUCUUUGUGCGAAAUGAGUGAGAUUAUGGCACAGGAGUACGCCGAGUUGAAGUCCGCCUUUCCGUCUGGCCAUCCGUAUCUGACAGGCCCGCUUGAUAGUGAUCACUUCUUUUACUUUGUGUAUGAUGCGAUUCAACGGAAUGUUGCCGGCGCCCCACCCGAAGAAGAUGAGCAGAUCAAUAUAUAUAUGUACAACGUCAAAACUGACGGGUCCGACGAUGGCAGUGGGGCUUUAAAGAACUUGCGACAAGUGAUUCCGCUGAGUGCCACUCACUACGAGAAACUGCGAGUCUCCACAGACGGCGUUUCGCACCCCUUUGCAUCAUUUGAGACGAACGCCGUACUGACCACCGCCAAAAAGGCCGAGUUGGUGCGGGGCCUUCUUGAGAAGUUUUGCCCCGACCGAGUCACGAUGGUUGUGCUGCAGGACCGCUGCAGUCCUCCUGCCGAGCGGGACAACUUUUUCAACGCGGUGAAGGGCUACACCAUUAUGAACCGCGCGACGAACCACUUUGGGCAGGGCUACGCGUUCCACCAGACUAGUUACGUCCGCGCUGAAUGA